ACCAGAGCCACUGAACCGAGAGGUGGCAGUCUGUCCCCUCAACCCUGUGCACUCGCAUUUGGCCGGGCAACAAUGGCGAGAGAACACCGCUCGGAUGGCGUUGGACGAACCCACCGUUAUUUCCAGGUUGAGAUGUGCCUGGGGAACAUCGGGGAAAAAGAGACACUGACCUGAAGGGGAAACGCACACCUGAAGCAAAUGUCAACAGCUACGUCGCUGCACGUGUGAAUAAAUGACUCGAUUUCGCCAAUCCUAAUAAUACCUCUGAACUCUACAUUACAUAGCUUUUAACUCUCCUUCACACAGAUAAGCAGACUCAAAUGUGACUGAUAAGUAUGUAGUAAGUAUGGAUUUAGUCUGUCUCUUUCCGCAACUGUAUCCGACUUCGCCUUCCUUCGCUCUUUUUACUAUUAAGGAUUCGCUAGCCUCUCCCGCACGCGGCGGCGGCGAGGCGGAGCGCCGCGCUGAGAUCUGGCAGCGGCGCGGACAAUGGAAAAGCUUGGCCGGUAUUUCCAUUGGCCACGCAAGUACGCGAGACCUCACCGCGCAAGCUGACCUUCGCCUGUCCAUCCCAAUCACCUUUCAUCGCCUAAGGCCUAAGUCCAUGCGCUUCUCCAUCACAGACUUCACGACGGCGGAAACCACGAUGGCCACGGAGCCUCCGACGACCACGUCAGGAGGUACCUCAACGCCUACACCCACAACCAUGGUUGAAAUUACAACUGGCUCAACAAUUUCUGGUACGGCAAUACCUACAACAACAGAAAUUACAACAACUGCAGUUAUCACAACUACAGGAUCUCCAGUUACAACCACAGAAGGUCCAACAACAACAGCUGGACCCACGGUUACAACUACAGAAGGUACAACAACAACUGUCGUUACAACAGUUACUGAACCAACCAUAACAACUGGACCUACAACAGUACCAGUUACUACAGAAACACCUGAGCCUACAACAACAGUGGGAUCGACAGCAACGGCUGGACCUACAACAACAAAAGGACCGACAACAAUAAUAACACCAGAACCUACAACAUCAAUUGAAGCUACAACGACUACUGAGCAAACUACAUCAACAGAAGGACCAACAGCAAUAACGAGUGAACGAGUUACAACAACUGCAAGACCAACAACAGGACCUACAACAUCGGUUGGAUCUAUAACAACUAGACCAAUUACAACAACAGAUGGACCCACAACAAUGACAGGUGAACAAAUUACAACAACAGCUGGACCGACACCAACGGCAGAACCUUCGACAACAGCUGGACCUACAACAACAGGUGAACCUACAACAACAGCUGGGCCUACGCCUACAGCUGGACCUACAACAACAGCUGGGCCUACGCCUACAGCUGGACCUACAACAACAGCUGGGCCUACGCCUACAGCUGGACCUACAACAACAGCUGGGCCUACGCCUACAGUUGGACCUACAACAACAACUGGACCUACAACAGCAGGUGAACCUACAACAACAGCUGGACCUACAAUAACAGCCGGACCUACAACAACAGAACAAACGGCACCGACAACGCAGGCUCCAGAUAUAGAGACAACUAUUCAAACUACAACUAAGGCCCCAGUUACAGAACCUCCAGUAACAGCAGCACCAACACAGGCCCCAGAUACAGAAACAACCACGAAAGAACAAACGGAACCACCGGUAACACAGGCCCCAGAUACAGAAACUACCACGAAAACUGAAGUAACUACAAAACAAACGGAAUCGCCUGUAACGGCAGCACCCACAACGCAGGCGCCAGACACAGAAACUACCACGAAAGCUAAAGAGCAAACGGAGGCUCCAACGACAGCAGCACCUGCGCCUGAUGCAGAAACCACCACAAAAGAGCAAACAGCACAACCACCGCCGGCAACAGCACAACCACCGCCGGUAACAGCACAACCACCGCCGGCAACAGCACAACCACCGCCGGUAACAGCACAACCACCGCCGGUAACAGCACAACCACCGCCGGCAACAGCACAACCACCGCCGGCAACAGCACAACCACCGCCGGUAACAGCACAACCACCGCCGGCAACAGCACAACCACCGCCGGCAACAGCACAACCACCGCCGGUAACAGCACAACCACCGCCGGCAACAGCACAACCACCGCCUACAACAGCACAACCACCGCCGACAACAGCACAACCACCGCCUACAACAGCACAACCACCGCCGACAACAGCACAACCACCGCCGACAACAGCACAACCACCGCCGACAACAGCACAACCACCGCCAGACACAGAAACUACCACAAUAGCUCAAGAGCAAACGGAAGCUCCUGCACCAGAAACUACUACAAAGGCUAAAGAGCAAACGGAAGCUCCGGUAACUGCAGCUCCUACUCCAGAAACUACCACAAAAGCUAAAGAACAAACGGAAGCUCCAGCAACAGCAGCGCCUGCACCAGAAACUACCACACAGGCUAAAGAACAAACGGAGGCACCAGUAACUGCAGCACCUGUACCUGCGCCUGAGACUACCACAAAAGCCCAAGAGCAAACAGAAGCUCCAGUAACAGCAGCGCCUGCGCCGGAAACAACCACAAAAGCUAAAGAACAAACCGAAGCACCAGUGACUGCAGCUCCGGCGCCUGCACCAGAAACUACCACAAAAGCUAAAGAAGAGCAAACAGAUGCUCCAGCAACAGCAGCGCCUGCACCAGAAACUACCACAAAAGCUAAAGAACCAACGGCCUCGCCAGUUACUGCAGCACCUGCUCCUGCACCGGAAACUACUACAAAAGCUCCAGCACCAGUGACAGAAGCACCAGCACCUGUAACGGAGGCCCCAGUAGAGGCGACCACCGCCCAGUUCAACACAUCCGGUUUCACUGGGUCUGUCUCAACAUUUUACACACUUGCGGCGAGCGACGGCAAUAUCAUUGUGAUAACUUUUGGAGUAGAACUCAUUCUAAAGUUGACACAAGAGAAGGCCUUUACGUUUGUGUUUGUUCUGCAGGUGCGCUCUUCAGGCACAGUUACAGAAACCUUCAGCUCCAUGGCGUCGUUAGCAGCGUUGUCUGGUGUUCGACAAGAAACCGUAAUCAGCAGAGCAGAAACGAACGAAGAGGGAACAGACACCACCACUUUCAUUUCCGCACUGGAUAGGCAGAACAAGACGUCCACAGGCAACAACACAGAGUGUCUUUAUACCAUGGAGGUAACCCUGAUGAAAAUCCAGUUCACCAAUUCGCUGACAGGCGAACUAUACCCGUGCGAUUUGGACAACCAAGCGAAUGCUCAGCCCCCCUAUUUGGAAAUCAAAGACAAAUAUAACAACACCGUCACCCAUAGAUAUUGUUACGUGGACCAAAAUGUGAGCAUCCACUCAUUUGGCGACCAGAUGUUUGGCUAUAUUGUGACCAACGGAGAUCCAAAUAUUAUUCCAGACAUUCAGGUGGUUCAAAAGAAGGAAGAAUACUGUUGUGGCGGCGUGUUCUACGGAGCCUUCCGUGUGCCACUCAUCAUACCGUCGCCGGAUUAUCCUCAGUACAAACCCCACAUGCGAUGUCCUUUCAUCUUCAGGUGCGACGAGGACUAUGACGACUGCGUCAUCCGUCUCGAAUUCGAGAACUUCAACCUCGCCUCCAACGACCUCAGCCGAAGCCGUCGCCAAGCGCUGAACGAAAGCGACUUCGGGAACAGGACAGAUGCCACCACCCUCGCCCCUUACGUUCCGCCAACCGGAUCCGACUUCAACCGGACGAUCUGCGCCGGCGAGGAUGUGGUUCGGGUCAGUCAGUGCGGAUCCAUCUCGGCGAUCAACUCUCGCGAGUUCUGCGCGGACAACCCUCCCUCGCAAGUCUACACAGGCUACAAAGAAGUGCUGUUGUACUUCGACUCGAACGACGAAAGGCAAGACCAGGGCUUCGUGAUCAAAUUCACGCCGAAGGACAGGAGGAAAUGGAUUUAUUCUGACGCCGAACUCGAGCCCAAGUGCUCGUGCGCGCAUAACCUUCCCAACCAAAUAAGAAAGUACUUUAGAAAGAAGAAUAAGAGCAAGGCCAAUAAAGCGAAGGCAAACAACGAACCUCUGCGACGCGUGAGGAGAGAAGAAAGGGAGAAACUGAAGGAGAGGAGAAAGGUCGAGGAGAGCAGAAUCCCUGAACGGAGGACGAGGAAGCCAAAGAAUGGAGAUAAUAAGGAUACGAACGCUAACGACCCGGGCAAGAAGAGAGAAGAGGAUGUCGAAGGCCCAAGAAGGAGGAAGAAGAAAUUGCAGGGAGGAGACAGCAUCACCGAGGGUCAGAACAGUGGAAAGAACGGAAGAGACAAAGAGGAGAAGAACGGCGAGAAGCCAAAGGGGAGGAAGAAGAAGAGGAUGAAGGUAGAAGACAAAGACACCGAGAACCAAAACAAAAAGAAAAAGGACGGAGGAGACAUCGAGGAGAACGGUCCAAAGAGAAGGAGGAAGAACGGAGGGAACGAGGAAAAGGAUAAACGCCAAAAAAAGAGGAGGAAGAAGAUCGGAAAUACGAAUGCAUCCGAGAACGAAGGAGGGAAUGAGAGAGAACAAAAGAAAUUCACGAAGGACAUACGAAAGGACAAGUUACUAGAAAAGAAGGAAAAGAGACUUCAAAAGAAGAAUAAGAAUGGAGAAGAAGACAUGCCUAUGACGCGAGCCUUUAACGGGAAAACGAACAGGAAGCGGCAGCAAUACCCAUGGCUGGUCAGCUUGAUACAAUAUGAGCGACCUCUCGUGGGAGAGAAGGUCAACCCUGAUCGCCCUGUUGAGAGAGUGUGCGGGGGAACACUUCUGAGCGAGAGAUACGUUCUCACUACAACUGCCUGCUGCACUUAUUGCAAAACCGUUUGGGAAAAGAAGAAUAAGAAAAAUAAUAGAUUACGGAAGAAGAGAGCCGCAGAAGGAGAGGACAAUAAGAUGACAAAUAAACGAAAGAGAAGGAAGGGAGAAGACAAGAAGGGCGAAGUCAAAGAAGGAGAAGACGACACAGAAAAGAAAGGAGGUAAUAAGAGGAGAAGAAAGAACAAGAACACAAACGGAGAACUAGAGAACGGUGGCAAGAAUAGGGACAAAGACGAGAAACCGAAGAGAAAUGGGAAGGGAAGAGGAAUGAAGAAAGGAGACAAGAAGAACGACAACAAAAACGAUGAUGAUGACGAGAACAAAGGGAAAGGAAAAAGAAAGAAUAAAGGAGACAAGAACAACAACAACAAAAACAAUAAUGAUGACGAGAACAAGGGAAAGGAAAAGGUAAGAAUAAAGGAAACAAAAACAACGACCGCGAAAACGAUAACGACACUGAGAACAAGAACAAGAAAAGACGCAAAGGAAAGAAGAAGGGCGACAAGAAGAAAGACCCCAGCAACGACCUACAGAACGCCGGCCCCCGACAGAACAAGAAGAUGCGCGACCCGCUCAAGAAAGACGUGGGUGCGAUCAUCGGCGAGGGUACCAUCAACAUCAAGAAGCUCGGGGACAUCAAGCCACUGAAGAUCGGCGGCAUCUUCAUCCCGAGCGAUUGCUACGACAAGAUGGGCAAGACAGAGCUAGAUGGCGAACCGCUGUACCCGGUCGAGUGCCCCGUGCUACUGAAGCUGAAGAAGAAAGUGAAAUACGGCAGGUUCAUUAAGCCCAUGUGCUUACCGAUUUUCGACAAGAUCAA